UCAAUGGCUUCAGUGAGUAAGGAGCAAAUAAAGAUUCAAGAAGAUGAGGCAACAAAUGUUUAGUUAUUCAUUCUCCAAACAGAAAAGUUAAAGAAACUAUUGUACAUACAAAAGGAUUAAAGAGAUGAAAACAUUCUGUCAGAGAUUGCAUCAAUAGCAAAAGUACCAUUUACUACGAAUCCUAGCAAAUAGGUUUCUUGAGUAAAUAUAAGGAUAGACCUUACUUUACUGCUUUGUGUAAACACCUUUACAUGUAGACAUUUCAACCUAAUUCAUGUAUUUUCAAAUAGGGAGAUGAGGGUGAUAAAUUUUAUGUUAUUUUAAAUGGAAGUGUGAGAGUAUUAAUUGAUUAAGCUACAACAUUAAAAGAUGUUAUGAUUAAGAAAGAGGUUGCCUAAUUGAAGAAAGGUGAAUUCUUUGGUGAGAUGGCAUUAUAGUUUAAUUUAAAAAGAACUGCCACUAUCAUUACAAAUGAAAUAACUGAUUUGAUUAUUUUAGAGAAUGAAGCAUUUUAAUAGUUUAUGUUAGCAGAUCAUAUGUAAACAGAAAGAGUAAAAGAGACAAUCAAUUUUUUAGAAUAAUUGGAUAUUUUUUAAGGAUUCAGCAAUAAAAUAAUGGUAAGUUUAAGUACAAAAUGUAUAUAAAAUAGACAUAAACAUUAAACAAUAUUAUUGAAAGCAGGCACAGUACCAAAUAAAUUAUUUAUAAUUAAAUCAGGAUGUGUUACAGUAAUAUAAAAAUUACCAGGAGUUAAAUCUGAUUACACACCAUAAGUAGAAUAUGGAUUUCCAUUAAAUGAAUAUUUUGAAUUAACUGAAUUAGGAGAAGGUGAAAUAUUUGGAGAUUUAGCUAUGUUAAAAUAAGAGAAAUCUAAAUAUACUUAUAUGACAGCUAUUGAAUCAGAAAUUAUUACAUUAAGUUUGUUUGAUAUUAAAUAAAUUGUGCCUCCAGAAUUAUUAGAUCAAUAUUUAGUUAAAUUAUAGACAUAUCCAGAACCAUCUGAAUUAAAAGAAAUGAUUAUAGAAAAAGGUAAAUGGGAAAAAUACAAGAAAUAACUCUUUAAUAAAAUAUAAAAGGAAAAACAAUCUCGUAAGGGAUUUAAUUAAGGUUUGAGAUUACCUACUUUGAAUGAUUCUUAUAUCCAACCACCUAACAAACAUAAUAUUAAAGCCUUGUAUACAUAUAUAUUAUUAUUAUUAUUAUUAGUGUUAUCAAUGACAAAAGACAAAGACUUACACCUGUGGAGAAAAGACUCUUCGUUAAUGAAUUGAAUUAUAUUCGAUAAUCUGUUUCUAAUGAGAGGCUAAAAAAGUUUUUACAAAGUUACUAGUGA